CUCAAUGCACUUGGCUUGCUUACCAUAAUAAUACUGUUUUCUCCCACGUGUUUUCUUGCCUGUCUAGCAGUAAAGUUAAACCAGAAGUUAACAAUGUUGUUUUAGAAAUAUUCGAAAAUCUUUUAUUGUUAAAGGCAGAAGAGGAAACAGUUGAAUUUCAACUUCAAGGGAAAAAUAAAGUAGGGGAGCUCAUCUUUUAUCCCGCUCUCGUUUUCUUUUUAGAAAACUUACACGCUAAAGUAGCUCUUAAAGCUUCAAAGGAAAAAACGAAAGAGAAAGACCUCGCUUUUUCCGCGAGAGAACUUUCCGUCCUUUCGCGUGUCAGUAAAUACGUAAAAGACCCCAUUUCAAGCGUUAAAUGCGCCAUGCUGUUGCUCCCUUCUUUACUCCAGCCGUCCUUAAAGCUAAAUAUAACGGAAAAGACUAACAUUCUUACUAUUCUGCGCCACUUCGUUACGAUUAUUGAGCUGAACGAAAAGAACUUUAACUUUUUCUAUGAUUCUUUUUCACGUCUUUUUCUAAGUCUUUCUGAAAUGGAUCUUCGCAUGCUUCUUUGCGAGUGUGUCUUCCAGCUCACUAGUCGGCGAGGCUUCCUUGACUACGAUCGUUUAUGUACUUGCUUGUCCGGCCUCAACGCCGUCGCGCAGAGUGGUCUUUCCCAGGAGCCUGAUUACGAGCAACGACACGCGGCUUUCUCACUCUUUAACAAUGAGCUUCUUUCUGGCGCCUCACCCGUGAUUCUCCUUCCGUUUGCUUAUAACUUUAUUUUCACGCUGAAUCACUUUGCUGACGAUUAUUCUCUACGAGCCAGCGCUGCUAAUUCUCUGCAGCUCAUCGUGCUUCAAGCACUGAAAAAUCGCAAUAUAUAUAAUAAUAUUAUUAAAACCAUCCUCGUGCCUGCCAUACGACGGGCCAUGCACUCCGCUAAUAACUUUGUUCGAUGGGAAUUUGUUAAACUUCUUGUGCUUUUGAUUGAGAAAUUCCCUGAGUGCUGCUUUGGAGAUAUGAAUAGUUUAACUCACGUGGAUGAAGAACAAUCUUUUUUUGUGAAUAUUACUCAUAUACAGAAACACCGCCGCGCUCGUGCAGUGCGCUUUCUAUGCAAUUCACUUGAGCUUUCCCAACUUUCGCAACCCUCCGUUGCUUAUAUACUUUUGCCGUUGUUGAGCCAUUUCAUUUUUGAAGAUUGUUCUGACCCCAACUUUGUUCGCGAUGUCGUGGACUGCAUAGGUCGCUUGGCGGCGUUGCUUUCUUGGAGUCACUACUUGCGACUGUUGAAAAUCUAUAUGCACGCGCUUCCCUUGAAGCCUGCGCUCGAAAAAACUUUACUGAAAGUAGUUGUUAGUAUAAUCAAUUCGUUCCAUUUCAGCGAUAACGAGGUGGAGGAAAAAAAGGAAAAAAGCAAAAAAGAAAAAAAAAGAACUGUAAAGGACGUCAUUGUUGGGCUUUUAAUCCCUCAAAUAAGCAAAUAUUUCACCAAAAAAGAUGAAAAGGGUGAUUUAAUAAUCAGACCGUUUAUAGGUCUAGCUAUGAUUGGAUUGCUGCAGAACUUACCUGAAGAACUUCUGCGCAUUCAUUUGUUGAAUAUAAUUACUAAAAUUACUGCAGUUUUAAAAAGUCGAGAGUUUAAACACAGAGAAGAAGCCCGACAGACUUUAGUGAAAGUCUGCAGAACACUCGGCGUUCGCUAUUUUUCAUUUGUUGUGAGUCAACUUCAGAGUUUGCUUGCAAGCGGUUAUCAGUUGCACGUUCUCGGUUAUACGGUUCAUGCCCUUUUAUGCGGUUUGGAAAAGUGUGAAGUGACCUGGGAAGAGUUUGAUCUUUCCCUUCCACAGUUAUUGGAAGUUUGUGUUUCCGAUCUUUUCGGGAAUAUAUCUGAGGAAAAGGAGGUUCAGAAUAUUACUCGCAAAUUAAAAGAAGCGAAAAAAUGCCGAAGUUACGAGACUCUCUAUAUUCUCUCUUCUCACUGCAGUGUUAAGUAUUUCUGCGCUCUUUUGAAACCUUUUAAGCAAAUCAUGUCCACCACCGACUCUCCAAAAAGCAUUAAAAAAGUUGAAAAGGUUUUGGAAACUAUUGCUUCUGGUAUAUGUAGCAAUGAAACUUUGAAGUUGGAAGACGUUAUGAUUUUUUCUUACGACCUUAUUCACGAAAACUUGGCCUUAUCGAAAGCAGGAAAAAAAUAUAUAAAAACGAAAACUUUGCAGGAAGUCACUGCGCAUGUCCAUCACGUGGCUCGGCAGGACGCAAAAACGCCUCGUUGUUGCUUUCAAACACAUGCUCAUAUGUUUAUAGAAUUGGGACUUACGAUUCUUAACUAUUUGUGCAAAAAACAUAAAAUCGAAAAAAAAAAUCCCCGUCAUUUGGGUUUACUGGAUCCUUUUAUAAGUAAACUAUGCGAUACGCUUUUAUCGAAAUACGAUAAGAUCAUACUUCUUUCCCUUAAAAUAUUAUCUUUUACAUUUCAAUAUAAUUUACCGAGCUUAUCAGAACAUGUUUUACUUAUAGAAGAAAGAGUUUUUAAACUUUUGAGAAAAACGGGGGGAGGCACGGCCUGCAAGGAACUUCCUCAAGCAUGUUUCAAACUAAUAACGACUAUCAUUCGAGAUUAUUCCGAUUUUAAUAUUUCGGCGGAGCAUAUUGAGAUUCUGCUGUUGAUUGCCAAGGCGGGGCUGGAAGAAGCUGUCCCACAAAGCUGCACUUUUACUUUCCUGAACUUCAUUAUCAAACACAAACUUUCACUUCCUAUUGUUUACGAUAUCAUGGACAUUGUUCUCGAACUUGCUAUAAAAAGUGAUUUGCCUAUCACGAGACGAGCUUGCCGAAAUAUUUUUAUUGCUUAUAUAGUUGCUUAUCCAAUAAGCGAAAAAAGACUUGAUAAACACAUGCAUUAUAUUGUUGAAAACUUGAAGUACGAACAGAAAAGCGGUCGUGAGAGUUCGAUGGAACUUCUUCACUCUUGCAUUUGCCGCUUUCCUAGCGAUGUUUUACUGAAAUACACCAAGUUUUUUUUUUUAUCUCUCGUUCUUGUUUUGGUCAAUGACGAAGAGCCUUCCUGUAGGGGAAUGGCAGGGUUGCUCAUAAAAAAACUUUUAUCACAGUGCGUUCCUCCUCAACGUAACCUACUUUUUGAGAUGAAUAAUAAAUGGCUCUUAAGUGAAGGGAACACUCUCCUGCAACGGGCAUCCGCUCAAGUUUUGGGAUUUUUUAUAGAAGUUUGCGGCACAUCUUUUUCGAUGUUUAUAGAAGAAGUGGAGAGGAAUAUUUCUUCUUUAAUACUUUUUUACCUACAAAAACAUGAAUAUGAAGAAAUCGAAGAUAAGAACUGGACCAUCAUAUAUUAUUGUCUGAUAGCAUUAGAAAAACUCAUUUCGACCUUUCCAUUCCUCCUUGAGCGAACUCACCAUAACAAUAAUAAUAUUGGCGAUAAUAGUCAUGCUGCCUCGGUAACGCUGGUGUGGGCUCAUAUACGAAAAUUGCUGCUAUAUCCUCACACAUGGGUCCGCUUAGCGGCUUCCCGUCUUCUCGGUUUGAGCAUGUCCCUCAGCGCCGCCGAUAAACUAACGGGCCCGUUUUUUUUAUUGGAAAAGUCGGAAGUCUUUAACCUUGGUCGAACGCUCUGCGGGCAACUUGCGUCUGACCAUCUAACCUCGCCCCUCGCACAUCAAGUCGUCAAAAAUUUGGUUUUUGCGACCCGAGUUCUUUCCCGCCAUAAAACAGAGGUCGUUUUGGGAGAACCACAGCAAGAACGUAACACAUACAUUGUAUGGCUUUUACGCCGGGUUUCCUUCUUGGCGCGUAAAGGGCUCUCAAAUUCCACCGUUGCCGCAAUAUUAAGGAUGCACGUUUUUGAAUUCUUCGGCGCCGUUAUUAUGAUAUUUGGGGCUAGUGUGGCCUGCUACGCUGAUUAUAUUGUCUCACCGAUUGCGCGUCUCUUGGAAAGUAGAUCCAUACAAGGCAAUGUGCGGGCCACCGGCGAAGAAGUUUUAGAACUGCUGAAGAAUACUAUUGGCACAGAGAGCUACACAGCUACCUAUAACAAGCUUAAGAUAUUUAUAGUAAACACCAGGCUGGAGAGGCGAAAACGACGGGCCCUUGAGAAAGUCCUCGACCCAAUGGCAACGGCAGCGAAAAGACUAAAAUCCAACAAAAAAAAGAUGGAGAGGCGCAAAAGACUGUUGGCCGAGUGGAAACCAUUCGCACGUAUGCAAUAGAUGUUAUUAUUCAUGAUUUAUGAGCAACAAAUGCACCAUCUCCAAUAAAGUUAGA